GCACAACUGUAUAUACACGUGUCACAUUCUCUCUCUGUUCUUCCCCGUAGUUACCGGAGACGACGCCGGGGGAACUUUGCUUCGACUUCACGUGGCCGCUACACGAAGCUUCUCCCCGUUUAUCCCUCUCUCUCUCGCCACCAACCGAACCUUGGUGGAGAGCGAUUUUCGGAAGAGAGAGAGAGAAAUAAGCAGCAGCAGCGCUUCAUCUUCGCUGAUCAAACGUUUGACCCGUGACUUUUUGUCUUCUUCAGGUAAAGGUAAGAGUAAGAGAGAGAGAGCAAUGUCUGGCGUUGGCGAGAAUCAGCUAAUCUCCAUUGUACCUGAUGAACUCAAAUUCCUUUUUGAACUGGAGAAGCAAAGCUACUGUGAUCUUAAAGUUGCUAAUAAAACUGAGGACUAUGUUGCUUUCAAGGUGAAGACAACGUCUCCAAAAAAGUAUUUUGUAAGACCAAACACUGGUGUCAUUCAGCCAUGGGACUCCUGCAUCAUUAGAGUUACUCUACAAGCGCAAAGGGAGUAUCCUCCUGAUAUGCAGUGCAAAGACAAGUUUCUCCUUCAAAGCACCAUUGUGCCUCCACACACUGAUGUUGAUGACCUUCCCCAAGACACUUUUACAAAGGACAGUGGGAAAACGUUAACCGAGUGUAAGCUCAAGGUCUCUUAUAUCUCCUCCUCUACAGCCCAAAAAUCCUCUGAAUCUGGAGCAACUAAUGGCGAUGGAAAUGGCUCUGUAACAAUCUCUACUUUACAGCGGCUGAAGGAAGAGCGAGAUGCAGCUGUUAAGCAAACACAACAACUGCAACAUGAAUUGGAGAUGGUGAAGAAACGAAGAAAUAACAGCGGAAAUGGUUUAUCCUUGAAGUUGGCAGCUUUGGUUGGACUUAUUGGACUCAUCAUCGGUUUCAUCCUAAAACUUACCUUAGCUUCUCCCACAUAAAAAGCUAUCCAGCAGCUUCUCCGCAUGAUCUACCAUCUCCAACAUAUGUAACCGCAGGAACCAUUACGGCGUCAAACAUUUUAGGGGGGUAUUCUACUCUGUUAACUCUCUCUAUAUCCCUCUCAGUCAUUCCAUCUAUUAUGAUCUGUUCUACUUUGUUUUGUGCAUCACAAAUUUGCUUCUUUGUCAGUUGUAUUGGAUGUACAUUUUUUGACCCAACAGACUCUUUCGUGAUUUGAUUGUACUCUUUCACUAAUUCAGUUAGUGGAUAUGCCUAAUCCUUUAUAAGCAUUGUGAAGGAAAUCUGAAUUAA